AUGAGCGGAGGAGAGAUCAUCUUCCAGGGUUGGCUGCGAAAGUCACCACCUGAGAAGAAACUCAGGAGAUAUGCCUGGAAGAAGCGUUGGUUUAUUCUCCGCAGCGGGCGAAUGAGCGGAGACCCGGACGUGUUAGAGUACUACAAGAAUGACCACUCCAAGAAGCCCAUCCGGGUGAUCGACCUGCACUGCUGCGAACAGGUGGACGCAGGCCUCACGUUCAAGAGGAAGGAGUUUCAGGACAGUUUUGUGUUCGACAUCAAAACCUCAGACCGCACUUUCUACCUGGUGGCUGAGACAGAGGAGGAGAUGAACAAGUGGGUCCGCUCCAUCUGUCAGCUGUGUGGAUUCAACCAGUCUGAUGAUAACCACGACUCCAGGCCUCAUCACAUCCCCCGCUCAGUGGGAGCAGAGGCCUCGGGACCCUUGGCUCCUGUUUCUGGAGACCGUAAAUCUGUGCCCAUCCACUCCAGCCAGCCGCUGCUGUUCACCUUCGACGUGCCUGCGCGCCCCCUGUCCAACAGCGCCCCCCAGGACUACCUCCUCCUGCACCAGUGCAUCAGCAGGAAGACCGAGAGUGCACGAAGUGCCAGUUUCUCCCAGGGUCUGCGCCACAACAGUAACGUGUUCAUGGGCAGCGACUCGGCGGUGCAGAAGCUGUCCCACGGCUUCUCCCACUGUCUGAACGGCAUGGGGGGACAACUACACGGAUUCUACAGCCUCCCCAAACCGGGCAAACACCACCCGCUCCCCACGCACGACGUCUCCCCCCAAGAGGCCUGCUACGUCCUGCCUCGCGGCUACAGCUCCGAGGCCCCUCUCCACAGUAACUUUUCCGAUCUGGAGAACGAAGAGGUGUACACUUUCCAAACCCCGUGUAACACACUGGCUACACUGCACUCUAACGAACGCACUAACGACAACUAUGACCUCCCUACCACGCCCGGAUCCUUCUACCAGAUCCCUCGGACGUUUGACAAGAAUCACAACGCCUUAACGCCGUCCAGCUCCGAGUCGUCGUGCGCCCCGCCUCCCAGGCCCCCUAAGCCGAGCCAGGGGUCCGACGGAGGGCACUGGGGGAGUCCGCAGUCUGUUGGAAGCCAUAACGGAGAUGUGCCGUGUGCCGUGUCGGUCAUUCCUCGCAGGAACACUCUGCCGGCGGUGGAGAACAUCCGGCUUCAUAGAGGUUCCUCCUUUGAAGCUAACAGCCAUUAUCGUCACACACAUUUCAAUAACUCAGGACAGUCUGCAGAGUCUGUCCUACCAACUAGUUCCUACCUGAGAAACAAAGCUCCCCUGACCCGCUCAGACAGCGGUAACUCUGAUGACAACUAUGUGCCCAUGAAUCCUGGCUCGUCUCCUCUCAGCGCCGCCCAGGCCGAUAGUCCCAAGAAUAUUUACAUUCCUAUGAGCCCUAGGCCCCAUCACUUUGAUUUCCCAGGAUUCUCGGCUACAUUACCAGCUCGCAAAAGCAGCAGUGCCUCCAUGUGUCAGAGGCCAGGUCGACUCAGUGAUGUCACUCCACCACCCAUCAACCGCAACCUCAAACCCAACAGAAAAUCAAAGCCGACACCUCUAGAUUUGAAGAACAAUGGGAUCAUUGAUGAGCUGCCAUUUAAGAGUCCAGUCACCAUGUCGUGGACUCGGCCCAUGUCCACUAUAAACUCAAUGUCCUCGCAGCACUGUCGGCCUAUCUCCACUCAGAGUAUCACCAGCACGGACUCGGCAGACAGCGAGGAGAAUUAUGUAGCUAUGCAGAACCCAGCGUCUACCUCCCCCGCCGUGAGUGGUACCAGCAGUCCGGCCCCCAGACAGUGUGGAAAUGUGGACUACCUAGCACUGGACUUUCAGCCUGGAACACCGAGCCCUAACAGAAAACCCUCUACGUCUUCAGUGACCUCCGAUGAGAAAGUGGACUAUGUGCAGGUGGACAAAGAGAAGACCCAGGCCCUGCAGAGCACCAUGCAAGAAUGGACCGAUGUGCGCCAGUCUACUGAACCCACCAAAGGAGUCAAGUCCUGA